UCCUUUGGUCUUGUCCUUUGGUCUCGUCCUUCGGUCCUGUCUGGCCUCAUCCUCUUGACCUCUCUCUCGUCCAGUCCUGGCCUCGCUCCUCCGCCUGGUCUUCUUCCGUCCCCUGUCGCCUCUCUCGGACUCGAUUGUCUUUGCCCGAGGCCGAAACAGCGGGUCCCAUCCUCGAUUCAUAGCCUCGCCAAGUUCCCGUUCCCGAUAACUCGACUUCGGUCCUCUCCAACCCAUUCUGUUCAGCGCAUACCUCUGCGAGCGCCCUCCGGCCUUCUGCCUGUCGCUAGACUCUCUAAUCCAAUCCAAUCCAAUCCAUAUCGCUUGCCAUGGGAAUCUCUGACAAAAUCAAGAAUUCGUACUUUGUCACCUCGCUCAAAGUCGGCAAGUACACCAAGCGCCGAGGAAACGGCCCUGCCCUCGAUCCCACCACCCAGGUCGAGUACAAGAAGGAGCUCGAGGAGCAGCGGCGCGAGCAAGAAUAUCACUGGCAGUACCAACAGCGACAGCAGUACGAAGCUGGCCCGUCCCGGCCCGCCGAGCCAGCCGAUCUCGACCUGGCCCGUCGCCAGAUUGCCCAGUACGGCCGCCCAGAGCGCCCGCCAAUGCAAAAGUCGCACUCGGACUCGUCCUUUGAAUUCAGCCGCUCGGCCAAUCGUCAGAGCCAGAGCCAGAGCCAGAGCCAGGCUGCCCCGCCGCGUACCCCAGAUGCCCAGGUUCGGUCCUCGCUCUAUCGCGAGCCCGUCCAGGUUGUCGUCGGCGAUCUCAUCGACCUUUCGGAUGAGCCCUCGCCCUCGCCCGCUGCGUCGUCGCCGGCCCUGUACAGCGCCCGUCCUAUCAGCUUCAGCGGCGAGGGCUUCUACAGCAGCCCCACCACUGGGAGCCCCCGGAACUCGUUCGCCCAGCCGGAGGACCUCGCCGUCCGCUCGGGGUACUCGUCCAACGUCGAAGACACCGGAUACGGCCCGUAUCGCUUCUACGACCGCGACUCGUCCCCGCAGCGACACAACAGCUAUCCCAACGACGCCUCGGCGGACCAGACCAAGACCUGGUCCAUCAGCGAGGCCGUCGGCAGUGUCUCGAUCCCGAGUCUGCCCCGGCGGGCCCAGACCGACAAAGAGCAUCGCCGGUCCCGGCACCUCUCUAUCAACCCGCCUGUGAGCGCCAACGGCACCCUGAAACGCAUGAGCGGCAUGUUUGGACGGAACAAGGACUCGUCGGGAGCCAUCCGGAGCUCGGAGAUGUACAACAGCCUCCCCCAUGUUCCUACUGUCAACGUCGAAGACUUGUAAGCCGAUCGCCA